UUACAAAAACCAGAUAAUAGUAUACAAUCUUCUGAAUCUUCACAAAGUGAACUGACAACUCCUGUUACUACUCCUGUUACUACUCCUGUUACUUCUGUUCGGUCAAUAAGGAAUUCAUUCCGUGAUUUCGGUUCAAAUUCACCGUUUGUCGGUUCACCUUUACUUUCACAUGAAGAAUAUAAAAAAUUGGAAGAUAUAUAUUUUGGAAAUAGUCAAACUGAAUUUUAUUCAUCAAGUUAUAAUGAAGGAGAUAUUUUAACUGGUGAAGAUGGUUCGUCAAGAGCUAUUACAAUUCGACGCCCGUCUGAGCCAUCUUACAAGAAUUCAAAUAGAGUCAUACAUGAUUUUAGUUCAAGCGGAGGUAUAGCACCAUUGACAAGAGCCAAUGGAAAAGAUAUAAAAAACAAAGGAGUCCCUACGAUUAUUACUUGGAGUCAAGGUGGUAAUAAUGUCUACGUGACAGGAACUUUUAAUGAGUGGAAGCGUAAUGUCAGAUUAAGUAAAAG